GGGCGGGGUUUGAUUUGCAGUGAGCGUCAUAUGCGAGAUAAAUAAAAGCGAACCAGCGAAAGGCUCGGGGCUGGAGACUGGAGAUGAAAGACAAAGGACAAAAAGCUGAUUUUUGUUACAAUAUUUACGUGAUAUGUGGGAACGUCACUUCUAGAGUUGACCUGAGCCAGCUCUGGGUUAUUUAAUAAUCUCGUAAUAACAACAACAACAGCAGCAGCAGCAGCAGCAAGGCGUUCAAACAACAAAAGUUUGGUAGCGGGACUUGGUGCAAUUGGCUGCUUCCGCUGGGGAUUUCCAACACUUUCUGGUAUCAGCUGCUCGGUGUUUAAAUCCCCAGGCAUCGCGGCCUACUUCGGUUUGGAGUCUGAGCGGGAUUCCUCCGUCCAGAUGAAUGAUCAAUUGGUCCUGAAAGUUCUGCUGGUGUCUUUCAGCCUGCUGAUCUUCCGUGCGGCCGCUGGAAGGAAAGAAGUGUUUGGUGUCCGAGGUUCAUCCAUUUUACUGGACCCUGAAUACACAGAUGAUCUGACCCACCAUGGUAUUGUAUGGGCGUUCGAUGGCGGCACGGGGAGUGUGAUUAAUAUUGUGGAUUACGUACCAGGCUAUUACAAAGUACAACCAAGUAAACAAUUCCAAUUCCGUUUGGAUUAUAAUCCAUCGAAUGGGUCUCUAUUGUUAAAGAACCCCCAACCCCGUGACCAAGGGGUUUAUACCUUUGCUGUGGAUGGAAAUUGGAAAACGAGUGUAAAUUUAAGACUUAUUGAGCCACUGUCAGAACCAGUGAUCAUUUCCAAAUCUGUUAAUGCCACCAUCGAACUGACCUGUCAAGUGUCUUCGGGGAGACCAAGUUCCAUUCUGUGGCGGACGGACUCUGACGUGAUAGAGAGUGGCCAACACUAUCAGCUGAGGGAUAACAACAGCACGUUGAUCAUUUCUGAAGUCAGCAGAUCAGACUGCAGAAUCUACUUUUGUUCUGUGGAAAACCCAGUUAGCAAGAAUACCACUUCAUAUUCUGUUGACGGUUUUGGUCUUUUACAACGUUAUUAUCUCACAAAGGGAUUGUCUAUUGCUGUUGCUCCUGCUGUUGUUACCACUUCCAUCAUUACCUGCAGAAUUGCUUUCAGCUCCAAUGCUGAAAAAUGUCUCCCCUUUCUCAAAUAUGGGUUACAAAUCCUGGUGUAUGUGUUUCUUAUCGCACUGUUUGCGUAUUGGAUCGCUUUUGGAGAAACGUCUACAAUCGUGCUGGUGAUGUUUGUAGUUUUGUGUCUGCUGCUAGUCCUGACUGUGUUAUUGAUAAUGGCAUCUUUUAGUAGGUUCAAGGAUACUUUGAAGAGUAAAACUUGCAUUUUGACAGUUCUGGGUCUGUUGGCCACGUCAGGUGAGAUCGCUGUGUUGUGUCUGACCGUAUCCUUGAUUGCGGAAGUCACUUCACCAGGCGAUAAAGGAUGUGAACUAGCAGCCAAGCUACGAUCAAACUUUACUAUUGCUGCCUACGUGUCAAUCGCUUUCCUAUUGGCCCUUAUACUUCACGCUAUACUAACAAAGUGGAAUAAAAGGAGAUCGAGAAAUCAACCUCCAAAUCUUGAUGCAAACAACGUGGAUGGGCAGGAGAAAGGUGAACUGAUUGACCUGGGUAAAGAGAAGCUUUCAUCUGAGAGUACUGUUUCCACUGAAGAAUUACCUUAAUUGGGGCUACUGUUCCCAGUGACCAACUGUCCUGGAGCACUGUUACAGCUUGAGGGGCGCGCUCUCUCUCUCGCGCGCUCUCUCUCUCUCUCUCUCACGCGCUCUCCAGGAUACUGCAGAUGCUGGAGAUUAGAGUCCAGAUGAGAGUGGGGCUGGAAAAGCCCAGCAGGUCAGGUAGCAUCUGAGGGGCAGGAGGAUUGAUGUUAACGAAGGGCAUUUUUGCCUGAAACAUUGCUGGGGCCUCUGACUCUGGUAGCUCACCAGAAAAUGACUAACAGGUACCUUGGAAUUUAUAUCUACUGCCCUUCAGUUUGGACUCCAUUCCUGCUCAGGACCUUUUUUCCCAAUCGUAAGAAAUAGGGGCAGCAGUGGGUAUUCAGUAAGACUGUGUGGCUGCUCUGAGUCUGAACUUAAUUCUACUUCCCAGUCUAUCUCCACACUUCAAUUUCACCCUCUCUGCCCUCUAAAACUUGCUACCUCAACUGUCUACCUCAACCGUGACUGUAUUGUAUGAUCUAGCCUCCAAUUCUCUGGAAGAAACGUCCAAAGUCUAAUGCUUCUGAGGAGGGAACACCAUCUCCCUAGAUCUGUCUUAAAAUGGGGACCUCUCAUUGUUUUAACUACACUGGGUAGUUCCAGAUUUCCCUAGACAGGUUAACCUCAGUUUGUCAUCUGUCGUGGUGCCCUCCCUCAGAAUAUUAUUCUAUCGUUUCAAUGAAAAUGUGUUUCAUUUUUUAAAAACAGCUUUUAUAGAAAUGCUAACAGUUUGAUAUGGACUGAAUGCAAAGUGCUAAUAGACAGGGCUGCCGUAAUUGUCCUUCUCAGGAAGAGCGACUAGCGCCCAUUAUUAGAACAAUAGACUUCCGUGCAGACAUUGAAACUGACACUGUCUGCGCUGAAACUGACAAUGACCGUGCUGAAAUUAACAACAAAAGCUGCACGAGAACUGACGAUGACUGCAUCGAAAUGAUUCUGCAAUAUUUUUACAGUAAACAAACCAUGUUACAGAGACAAUAACCUCAUCACUCACCUAUUAUAUCAUAACGUAUGAAAGUGUUUUGACAUGUGCUCCGGGACAAGAGAAGACUCUCAGCUGACCACAGUGUUGGUGUCUUUCUCUCCCUGGAGCUCCGAUAUUUCCUUGUGCAACAAACUGUCAUUGAACCACAACUCUGACUCCAAGGGUGGUGUUUUUUCCCAAUACCUAACUCAUCCUUCCUUUAGGUAUUACCCUAAGCCAACAACUCCCCGUGGUCUUCCUGACCAGUGCUUCUCAUUUCUCCUCUUCCCCAUCCCUAUUUUUUCCCCCUCCAUGUCUCUCCUCCAACAUUGUGCCUUCCUCCUUUUUCGUCUCCAGCCUCCACCCCUUGCUCCCCUCCACCUUCCACCCCUUUCUCACCCUCCCCUCCU